AUGCCAUUCUGUACACCUCAUCGCGUAGCGGUAAACGCUUUGAAAGCUCGCUGUUACAGUCAUCUAUCAGGUGACGUCACGAUAACAAUUGACGCGCGAAAAUCGCACCAAUCAAUAAUCGGCUUUGGUGGAGCAUUUACGGACGCGGUGGGCAUCAAUCUACGUUCGCUCAGUGAGGAGACACAGAAGAAGUUACUGGAAUCGUACUUCGGCAAGAAUGGCAAGUAUCUUUAUUCUAUGUGCGACUCACUGGAUUUAUUACCCUUGAACGAUUCUAUUGACUAA